AUGAAUCAUGCCAUAUUAGGAGUGUUCUCGUCGGAGCUGGAACUGGCAUCGGAGCCACCGCUCGGCGAAUGGCAGAUUCAAGUGGAGACGGCCAACAAACUGAAAUACACCAAGACAUUUUCUGUCGAAAAGUACGUGUUGCCAAAGUUUGAAGUGACCAUCAAAACUCCAUCGUUCAUCACAGUCAACGACGAUCUUUCGUUACUUGUUGAUGCUAAACGGUUUCAGGUCGAGGAAGAGUCACAGAUCGAACGCACUGUGAAAUUGAACAAUAUGGGUGAAGCCACCGUUGUCUUCACUAACGAGGAAAUGAAGAAGCACAAAUUAGUACAGGAUUACGGAGGUGGUAGUAUUCGCAUCAUCGCCACAGUCACCGAAGAUCUCACCGACAUUCAAAGGAAUGGCACUCAACAUGUUGGUUGUUUAUAA